GCAACUUAAACAGUUCAGAUUUAGAAUGUACGGUUUUGAGAAAUAUUGGACAUUUGUAUUCCCAUUGCUGUUCACAUUAUUCAUUACAGUACAAAAUAAAAAUUUGGAAAUUGGUGAAACUUGCAAGUGUCAAAGUAAAUUUUGUACUUGCUUGGAGUUCAGCGAUUGUGAUGUGCUAAUCGAAUCACGCGAAAUAAGUUAUUGUAAUAGAAGAAAAGGAAUUGUUUGUUGUCCCGAGGAGGAAGUCAUCACAUUUCAACCAAAAUUACGCUCAGAGUUGGCUUGCGAAAAAUUUACAAAUUUAAUAACAAAAGAAUGCCCAAGAAAUUUUAUAGCUGGGGGAUCAAAGGCUUCUUCAAAAGAAUUCCCUCCAGCUGCUUUGAUUGGCUUCUUCGAAGAGGAGACAAAUAGCACCAUUUGGUUCUGUGGUGGAACGCUGAUCAGUGAACGUUUUGUUUUGACAGCGAGUCAUUGUGCUGGAAGUGGAGAUCCGAAUAUAGUACGACUUGGCGAUUUGGAUUACAGCACAACUGAAGAUGAUGUUGGACUUCAGGAGUUUUCAGUCAGCAGAGUUAUUCCUCACGGAAGAUACGAUGCAGCAAAUUACUACGAUAUAAUGCUAUUAGAAUUGGCAGGCACAGUUAAUUUCACGGAUUACGUUCAACCCGCCUGCAUAUUAACACCAAAGCUAAUGGAUUAUAAUACAGGUGUCUUCUGGGCCGUUGGUUGGGGUAGCGUAGAUAGCUCAGGAAUUAUGUCAAAACAUUUGCGACGAGUAGAACUGAAACAAAUGGAAAACUGUAGUGAAAUCGCCAAUAAGACAUUGAGUUUGGAACGUGGGCUUCAGGAGCGUACACAAUUUUGCGCACAUGGGAAAAUAUACGACACCUGCAAAGGUGACUCUGGCGGCCCCUUACUUGCUACUUUCCCCCAUUAUGAGACGACUUAUAAAUGUCUCUAUAUAGUUGCCGGUGUUGUAUCAAGAGGACAAGUUGAUUGUGGGAAAUAUGAUUAUCCAAGUCUUAAUACAAAUGUUACGGCUUUCAUUCGAUACAUUGAAAACUAUGUGUGGCCGGAGACUAUUUAGCUGCUUAUAAUUGCUUAUUAUAAUAAAUAUUUUUAAUAACUGUG